CAGCGACUCGAGGCAUCAUCUCAUGUUUCACAUCAAUCCUCGGUCUCCAGCACUUCGCAACCAUUAUCCUGUCUUUACUCUACUAGACCACCUUCCCCGAUUGACCCUCAGUGCUCUCCCUAGGCCCUUCCCCGCUCAACUUCCACCACAGACCCAAUCACCUACCAAACCGGCCGCGGAUCGAUUACCUUCCUACCAACCACCACGAACCACCGCCAAUGACAACCACCCUCCGAACCCACGACGACUUCCUCCUCGACGAGGAAGCAACAACGCAGCCCCCCAAGAGAAACAAGGUUACCCAUCCCGCCCACCGCAUCUGCUAUGACUGGAUGGUGGUAUCAGGAAACUGUCACUAUGCUAGGGACCGCGCCGUAUUCACCACCUACCGCUCCGUCGACCUGCGCCUGAAAAACAACAUCUUCAAUCCGCACGACGAGCUCCAUGUCGCAGGCGUCGGCACCGUCCACCUCACCGUGUGUAAGAGCCCGCGGGACCCCACGCCGCAUGUGAUCGUGCUGCAGGACGUGCUGCAUAUUCCGGAGGCGGUUUGCAACGGAUUCAACCCGUUGUUGUUUGGCAGUAGCAUGUCGUGUAAUGCGGAUUACUGGGAGGGGGCGGAUCGGAGCGGGCAGCCGGUGUGGUUUAGUUUGCCGUUUGCGGGUCAUACGAGGUUGGUGUUGGCCGGGGAUUUGAAGGGUGAGUCGGAGUUGAUUGAGGGAAGGUAUUAUACGCUUAGUUUGUAUAUUACGCCGGAGGAGAAGGGGGAGUUGGCGGGUAGUGGGAAUGGGAAUGGGGUGGCGUUUUGAUAUUUUCUUUUUGGGAUUGGGUUGGUUUGUAUAAGGAUUUUGGGACCUGGUUG